AUGUUUGCAAAAAUCAUUUUUGAACUCCAUUCCAGUUUUGCUGAUUUGCAGGGAUCCUCGGUCUUUCGCAACUUGGUCAUUGAACAAGAAAACGUCAUGUGGGCAAGCACCAUCUUUGAGGUCUCGAGCGCAGCAUACGAACUUGCGUCUGUAGUGACGGACGUGAUACUCAACUACGAGUACAUUAAUCGCAAGUGGUUGGAGGAGUAUAUUCUAUCCAUUGUGUUUCUUGGCGUGAAUGGCAUCGUUAUGGGUUUAGUCGGCUUAUGUAUUGAUCACGGUUAUCCAAAUCGAUUUUUCUACAACAAAUUGAUCAACAGGGUGUUUGGCUUUUGUAUUGGGCUACUGCAAAUGCGCGUAUUCAUUGAGACCAUAUACACCGCCAUUUUAACAUUAAAAAGCGGGAAAGCCAACAAAUUUGUGCAAAGAGGCGAAAACUCAACUGAAAACGCAGACAAUUCGCAUGUAGUUACAGUGGGUGGGCAUGUCGUCAACGACGCGCUGAGAGAAAAAGCCAGGCAAGAAUUAUUGUGCUUAACAUUCAUUCAGGCUAUCGUGCGUGAUGUUCCGCUGUUCGUACUGCAAGCAAAUGCCACAAUUCACUAUCGAAAGUGGAGGCUCAUUGACCUUUUCACAGUCAUCACUACAUUUAUUUCACUAUCGUAUGGCAUAGCUGCAUUCAUAGCAAAAGAAGAUGGAAAUUGCAUGAAGUUCUUUGCAUUUGUGUUUCUUGUGGGGCAGUUCGUGUUUCGUCUAGGAGCAAUCUUGCUUUUAGCGAUGACCAAAGGAUUCGCGAUUCUCGUCUAUGGGAUCGUGAUAAUCUUGUUUGCCAUUUUGUGGACGGCAAAACUUCGCUUAGCAUACCCAAGUUUCCGCCUCAUUGACCAACUACCUCGCGCAAUGAUUUUUUUCCCGCUCUUCACAUUAUUCGUUAUCGAUGGCACGCGGCUGACUGCUGAAUACGGAUCAGCAGUCUCUGCUCUUCAAAGCAAAAAACUGUGCUGUCCACGUCGCCAAUCCAAUUCCACCUAUCAAAGUGAAGUGGUGAUGCAUCCCAUAGCUAUCAAACUACUCUCUGCGCAGCAGAAGCGCAAAUUCUUUGACCAGAUCGAUGAAUUGUCACGUUUAUCGAGACAUCGACGAAUGAAGUCGGAUGCACUUGUAAAUUCUGAAAUCAUCGAAACCUCGAGUGGGACGCGGCGCCAAGCGACGGCCUGCUUUUCCGAAGCUGAAAAAGAGCUACAAAGUAAAUUUUUAGAAGGAACGAGAAAUAUGCGCGACUUAGAGAAGCCUGGUGCGUUGCAACAAGACCAACAAAACCAAGCGUCUCGAAAACAUAAGCCCGAUGGCCCACAUUCCAAGAAGUCACAGCGCGUAGCUGCAACUACCAUUGUGGAUUCUAGUUCGCUGCUAUUAUGUGACAAAAAGGUUUUACUGGUCCCAAUUGGGCCCGACAUGGGUCGAAAACGAGUAGCAGUCUUGCAGAGCAUAAUUGAAAAUCUCGGAGGAAUUUUACUGGAGUUGACAUUGAAAACGGGUUCGAGAGCAGCUGUUGGAUCGGGAGGUGCUGCCAUUGUCAAGUGGGAUGAAGUUUCUUUGGUCAUUGCAAGUGCACUGCUCACAAGAGAGAAGGCAACAGAUUUUUUGGGCAUUGAAAACUUUCCCCCACCUAAGAUUGAGGUUUACACGCCAGAAUGGUUGGUGUAUUUGCAGCAGCAGCAUAAUUUCCCGCCUGCAGGAUCUAUGCUGACGUGGUCCGAAAAGCAACAGAUUCAAGAAGCAAAGAGGCACGAACAGCAUUGUCAACAGGUGGCUAAACAACGUGUGGAAAGAAAAAGAAGAGGUGACGACAGUGACAGUGAUGAAGGCUCGGAUUUGGAGAAUUCAGGUACGCGGCAAAUUGUGCGAGCGCCUCCUGUUCUAAUCGACAGUGAAGAAAUCCGAAAGCAACAACAACAGCUAAGCGAAAAGGGUCGUAAGCUUGUCGAAGAGCGCACACCCAUUUUCUAUCGGAACAAUCCUGGCUUUCGUCCUAUCAAUGAAACUGCAGUACCAGACUCGAAAAUAGUGAAAGGCGAAGGUUUUAUUUGCCAACAAUCAUCAGCCGUUCAGCAAAACCUCAAUGCUCAUCUCACCGACCCACUAGAGGAGUUGAUGGAGUUUUUUGAUGUUGAAAGGGAUGUAUGGCGGCAGUAUAUGUACAAGAAAGUAGUGUCAAGCCUGAAAGCAACUCGCCACCGUGUAUGCACGGUGAAAGAUAUCAAGGAUAUGCGCUGGGUGAAGGGGCGAUUACGAGAUAAAAUCAUCGAGAUUCUUGAGACCGGUCGCUUGUCUAAGCUUGACGUCAAGAAAAGUAACCCAAGAUUGUGUGCAUUGGUUGAAAUCGCUCGAGUAUGGGGCGUUGGCCCUGUUACGGCAGCAAAACUUUAUGGCCAAGGAUAUAAGUCGGUAGCAGAUUUGCGAAAGCCUGCUGCUGCUGAAGUGCUAACAGCGCAGCAACAAAUUGGUGUGAAACACUACGAAGACAUCUUGUUAAAGAUUCCGAGAGCUGAAGUGCACCAGAUCGAACAAAUAGUUUCGGAUGAAGUUCACAAGAUGAUUCCAAAUGCUAUUGCUGUGGCAUGCGGCUCAUAUCGUCGUGGCAAACUUUCAUCUGGCGACUGUGAUAUACUUGUCACGGAUCCAGAUGCUGAUACUUGUGAUAUUCUACCAGAUCUACUCAAACGUCUACAUGCUUCGGGAUUUCUAACGGACGAUUUGACACACUUUCAAAAGCAAAAAAAUGGUGGUUGUGAUACCUACAUGGGUGUAUGCCGUUUGUCCAAGAAUCUCCCGCAUCGCCGUCUGGACAUCAAAGUUUACCCCCGACUUUUUUUUGGAUUUGCAAUCCUCUAUUUUACUGGAAGUGACCAUUUUAAUCGAAGUAUGCGACUCUAUGCAAACAAGAAUGGCUGGAGUCUGUCGGAUCGUGCACUAACUCGAGUGGUGCGAGUGAAUACAACGAAAGUGCGCCUUGGAGAUAGUGUUGUUUGCGAAUCCGAAGUGGAUGUUUUUAUCGCAUUGGGGUUAGAGUACAAAGAUCCUACCGAACGUAAUUGCUUUGACAUAAAAUUUAUCGAAGAGGACGAAGCGAAACCAAAUAACCUUGAUCUCGCGAUGCCGCUGUUCCUCGCGAAUCUGGCAAUGUCCAGCUACUUUUUGGCCUUAUGCUAUGUUCUUAUCACUGCCAUGACCGUGAAUAAGUACCUCGAGGCCAACGCGGAUCUACCCACGGGAAUCUCUGGUGUAAAUCCGUGGACACAGGGAAAGUUGCCGCCCAAUUUUCGAGGGGACGACCCCGAAUACACGGACGAAGCUCCUCGUGUUUGGGCUGAAGCCUUUCAGUCGUCACGACGUCAUUGGUUUUCUGCAGCAGUGUUCAGACGAAAAUGGAUGAUUUUCUAUUUGGUUUUCAAUGGAGGAUUAUACUUGACACAGCUCGUGCUAUAUGCAAGUCUAUUUUUGAUCGACAAGAAUGGGAUCUUCGAUGACGAAAAGCAAAAUCAUCUAAGUUUCAUUCCCGCGAUGAUUUUCUACUUGGUCGCGGCAGCAGAUUUAUUUUUACCAAUUAUUAUUUUCUCGACCUGGCUGUAUUUGACUUUGUCACUGUCGGGAUUUCCCUUGAAAUCGCGUUCUGCGCAGAUUCGUUUACAACUUGUGGGCCGGCUCGUCAUGGCUUGGAGCUUCGGCCGGAUAUUAUACAGCGUCAUGACGCUACUUACAUUCACGAAGGGAUGGUUCAAUGUACACCGCGAAAACGCUUCGACUCAGGCAAUGCUGCUCGUUAUCGUGUUCUUCGCUGCUGAACUGACGCCAAUCUAUCUGACGCUUGAUAAGCGGUUGCUCGCGGUGCUGUCUGUGGAGGAAUAUGAGCCGCUUCUGGAAGGCUCAGAAGUAUACCGAUAG